AUGCUUGGUCGAAUAUUAUUUAUCAUUUUCCAUUGGACUCUUCUAGUUCUUGCUGAUUCGGAAACAUCAGAUGCGUUGGACAUAACAAUCUAUAGCAAUAAUGUUCGUUAUGCUGCCUCUAGGCGAGGAAGAGGCCGCGAUGAAUUGCCAUGGAAGACAAGAAAGCAUGGUGUGGUUGAUGCGAUUAAAGCACAAUCAGGAGUUUAUCCUAUUUUGGUAGGACUACAGGAGGUUACACAUACUCAAUUAAAAGAUAUCUUGAAAGGGUUGAAUAAAAAACAUUCUGGCGAUGAUGGUCGGUGGACACAUUUUGGAGUUGGUAGAGAUGAUGGUCAUAAAAAAGGUGAAUAUUCUCCUAUAAUAUACAAUACAGCAGAAUGGAACCUAUUAAAUGGAACUUAUAAAUGGUUGAGUCUCACACCUGACAAGCCUUCCAAAUAUCCUGGAGCCAGUAAGAAAAGAAUAGUUACAAUGGGGACUUUUUUUCAUGUUAAAAGUGGGAAAGUUGUGAAUUUUGUCAAUACUCAUCUAGACCAUAGAUCUGUCAAGUCAAGAGAAUACAGUGCUAAAUUGAUUAUUCAAUAUAUUAAAUCUAUACCUAAUUAUUUUCCUACAUUCUUGUGUGGAGAUUUCAAUUCCCUUGACACAGAUAAGGCAUACGCGACUAUCUCUCAUUACAUGGUAGAUGCAUCGCAUGUUGCUGAAAAGAAAUAUGACACAAAUCUCAAAACAUUUUCAGGUUUUGGGAAUGGUACCAGCUAUAGUAUAGAUUUCAUAUGGUCCCCGUUGGACACCAAUAAUCAUUCUGGAAUCAACGCACUUUUUUAUACUGUGUUGGAUAACUUGUUUGAUGGUGGAUAUAGGUUUAGUGAUCAUAGGCCAAUAAUGGCACGUUAUUCGGUAACUAGUUAA